AUGGUGCAAGGUUCACGUUUUCAUUCUUCUCUGGUGAAAAAGACUCCGGCUAACAUGUCAAAGUUGAAUUCAAAAGCGCAAAACUACAUCAGACUCGAAGAAAAUGAAGUAACCAAACAGCAAAUGGCAACUAUGGUCACAGUUGAAAGCCGACCGAAGGAACGCCCGAGCACCUCAAGGGCCCAACGGGAACCCCUGAGCAUCGAAGGAAGAGCCCUUGAGAAAAAUUCUCGAACAACUGAGAAGAUCACACCUCUCAAGGUAACACGGGCAAGAUUGUAUCAGGAGACUAAGGGCAGGAACAUUUUUCAGAUCCCUCCGCCGAUCAGACAACCAAUGGAACAGAGACACCAAAGUAAGCACUGUGCAUUCCAUAGCGAUUUCGGCCACCUAACCAAUGAUUGCAGGAGUCUGAGAAGACAGGUCGAGGCAUUGAUAACCAAAGGUGAAUUGGCGGACUACUUGGUUAACAAAGGCCAACAAAGGCAACCCGAGCGAGCCAAGCUAACUUCGAAAGCCGCAGGAGAUAACCAUCCCGUUCGGGUAAUUAAUACGAUCCAUGGCCAUCCGGAAGAGGACGAACAACCAGAAAAUUCUUAUAGGAUUCAACUUAAGCAAGCCCAUAAGCUACGAAGGGUUGGCGAAAUCAACGUAGUCAAGUGUAAACUAGGUUCUACGCAGAUUUCUUUCCAUGAGGGGGAUCUCAAGAAGAUACAACAUCCACAUGAAGACUUGCUAAUGAUCAGUCUACUAGCAGCCAAUUGCUUGGUCAGAUAUGUACUGAUUGAUCUUGGCAGCAGUGCCAACAUCAUAACAAAGUGGACAUUUUUGCCGGACACCACCGGAAUUACAGAAGAAGACGCACAGGGGAAGAGCCUGCUCUAA